AGCCAUUUAGAUUUGUCUAAUUGUUUCAAGCGCAUUCGGGUCCCUUGAGGUUUUAUUCCUGCCUUCCACUUGUACUGCAGCUCACAUCACAAGGAUAUCUUGGGUGGUGGAGCAGGGAGAGUAUGAAAUUGACCUGUAACUGACAAGCAGGUCAUUGUUGAAGCAUUGUUCCGUUUUUGGUAUUUGUUACAAUGUUGCCGUGUUUCAAAACGCGUUUUCGUCUUUGUUUACAGCCGCUUAUCAAUCGUUGCUUACAAGUGAUGGAAAAAAAAGGUAAUUCCCAAUCAAAGAUAUCGCAGCAUUCUUCGCAUUUCCAUUUAGAUCCACUCAAUGAACAGAGAAUCCAACAUUUAUGUAAUCAUUAGACAGCUGUGAUUACUUACAAAGUUGUUAUAAUCCCCAUCCCUGUUGUAAACAGGAAAAGCAUGUAAUAUAAAGCAAGAGGCAUAUAUUAACAAUGAAACCGGUCCAUGAAAGAGAAACUUUUUAUUUAGUAUUCUUUGCCAAGUUCCCCUUUUAUGGAAUCUUGACGCUUGGAACUUUUCUCCUUUGCAAGUGCUCUUCCUGACAGCCUCCGGCCCAUCUUGUACUCCGCAGAUGGUUAUACAAAAUGACCAGCUGUGUGCAACAACAACGGUCACUGGGAGAAUAUAGCACUUUCCGAUUAAAGUUCCCGUGAUUGCGGGAUAGGUGUCAAAUAAAGGAUCAAUGUAACAUUUGCACACGUUAAAUUGCUUGUGUCGACAUUGCAGUCUAGGUAUGAACAUAGGUAGUGGCUCCGUGUGCGAGUGUGUGUGUGUGUGCGCGCGUUCGGAACAUCAGCGGUGGACGUGAUAUUUCAAACAUCAGGUCAGUGCGUUUAUGUAUUGGGUGCCCGGAAAUUUUUCCAAAUAAACACAGCUUGAUUCAACUUGGGUGGGCAGACUUAUCAACAGACUAAUUCUAUAAACAAAUGAACGAACAACCAAGUAAGCGAUUGGUUGGUACCUCGCAGACACGUGGAGAGAGCCUAGGUUUUUUUUUGCAGUGAAAUUUAAUUAAUGUGGGUGGGCUGGGAAUAAAACGACUGUUUAUCAUAGACAAUUUAUUUUCCAGUGCAAAGUCAACAUAAAAUAGCAACUUACAACAAUUAUUUAACAUUUUAAGCCGUGACGAAGGGACAAAGUGGGAACAAUCUUAAGAGAGCAGUGCUCACAUUUGCUGAACUGUAGCGCACAGGGUCCACAUCGGACUCCUGCAAGACCACGUUUUUUAUUCUGUAGUAAACUGUGAAUCCUUCUGAACGUUUGAAAGAAAAGAAGAGGUUGGAAAGGUUUGCUCAGGAAUCGCUAUGAACCAUAUCUAUAGCAACCAGUUGCAGCAACUCAAAGGGUCAGGACCUGCUCUGUGCUUGAAUCGUGGUUCUUCAGUCUACCUGUACGGAGGUGACAAUGGGAUAUUCUCUUUGGAGUUCGGGGGCAACAAUGUGAUGAGCAGACAAGAGCCUCCUCAGAAGCCACCUUACAGUUACAUUGCUCUGAUUGCCAUGGCUAUCAAGAGUGUCCCAGACCAGAGAGUAACGUUGAAUGGCAUCUAUCAGUUCAUCAUGGAGCGCUUCCCAUUUUACCAUGACAACAAGCAAGGGUGGCAAAACUCCAUCAGGCACAACCUGUCACUAAACGACUGUUUUAUCAAAGUCCCUCGGGAGAAGGGCAAGCCCGGUAAAGGGAGUUACUGGACCCUGGAUCCGAGGUGCACGGACAUGUUUGAAAAUGGGAACUACAGACGGAGGAAAAGAAAGGCCAAGACUCAGGGGACCCAGGAUCAGAAAGAGACAAAGAGAAGCAGAAUCGAAAUCGUCGAGAAGUGUACAGUGGCUGGCGAUUGCCCCAAAACCGCAUCCGAUCGCGACAUCAAAGGCUGGCCCGCCUCGCCUGAUUCUGAUCAUGUCAGGCCCGCAGGUGAUUCGCCAGACAAUGUUCAUGCAGGCAACGUGAAAAGCGAAAGUGUCGCAGAAAGUCAAGAAGGUUGCCAUCUAUUGUUAAUACCAUCGGAUCCCGAGCGCAAAGGUGACCAGACAUUGAAACGUGGAGGAUUAACAUUUCUUUAUCCUUUUAGUGCUGAAGCACUCGACCAGGCCGCGACCCACCAUGUCCAAUCUGGGAUUUGGACCAACCCAUCAGGGCUUCCUUGUGCCGUGCCCACCCCCCUUCCAGCAAUCACCCCCACUCAAUCUGGAUUGAGAUGUAUCCCAGGGGAAGGGAUAUCUUUCGAUAACGUUAGCCAAGGUGGCGAGAAACCAACAGAGGAUUUUACAGGAGGCUCGCCGACUUCAGCUGAAAAAUUCUCUCUGUCUCAGAUGUCACCUCGGAGAAACAACUCGCCGAAAGAUGUAGGAACCUCUGGAACCCAAAGUUUUGGACCGUCAUCACUGGUUGGAGACCAGAGUCAGAGCAGAGUGCAAGAACCUGAAUCUAGCCACAUCCCACACGCCGAAAAACCGAAGAGUUUUAGCAUAGAAAGCAUCCUAUCUAAGAAAAGCCACCACGACGACAGCGGUAAUGCAACCGAACAGGUCGAUAAAUCCCCGGGGCGUCCAAAUUCAAAGCUAAAUUUAGGGAUCCAAUCCAAUAGAUGUUUCGGCAGUUCGCUUUUAGAUACCUCGCCAAGGGUCUCCGCAGCCUUUAACACCACCUUGCCGUUUGAUACACAUCAGUUACCGGGUAAAUAUUGUCAAAUCGGGUUUCCGUUUUAUUCGUACUUUCCACUGACUUGUUCUGAAACGUGUUUUAAUUUUAAAUAGGUCACAAAUUUAUCAAACACGCACCCAAAUUCCACCUGUGGUACUAGGGCCGAUUUUAUAACCAAUGUAUAUUACGUGAUCUUAGAAUGUAGCAAAUUGUCAAUGUAUUAUUCAGACGCCUCCAACAUCUAGAUAUAUUAAUUUUACAAAACAAUUGUUGUACAGCAGUUUACAUUUCCGAGUACAUAAAUCCUCUUAAUUAUCUAUUAGGCGACUUUUUAUGAUUGGAGAGAGCCCUUGCAUUUACAACUUGCCUUUAAGUGUCACAAGCACCCUAAUGCCAUCACGUACAGAAAACUAGAUGGGAUAUCGUUUUAGCUUCUGUAUCACAGAAAACACGUAUUUCCAUUGAUGAAUAUUUAGGCGAUAGAGAUUUCAUUAGUCCAUUAGUAAACGUCACGCUUGCUUAAGACGGCAUAUCAUGAUGUCAACAACCAUUUUAUGAGACAGAUGCCAGCUGCUCGAGUUAAUGUAUAUCUGACCAGCCUUGCUCUUCUGUACGCUGUUUCUCUCUCCCUGCCACGCCAAUUCGUACAAAAACCGAUUGCCACCAAGUAUAACGUUUGGUUAUUUUAUUGGUUUUGUAACAGGAAUACGAAUAUGUAUUAAACGAUUUCGAUUAAGUUGUAUCACUUCUAUUUUUAUUAAAUGAGUUA